AUGCAAGCUGACGUCGAUGGCCAGCCGGACGAGAGUCCACUAUGCAGCAAGGAUCGGGGUACACCAAAACAAGAGCCAGAGCCAGGACAGGAGACAAGAAGAGAGAUAGAGACGGAAACAGGGACUCUGCCUGCCCGGUCGCCAGACACUGAGUCGACGUUAUUGGAGUUGAUCCCUCAACCUCCUGCUGUCCCAUCGUCACCUCCGCAGCCACUCUCGCAAUCACAGCCAGAGCCGCUCGUACCGCCUAUUGAGCAACCGGUAGACUCCUCUUACACCUCGACAUAUCAGCGCAAUCCCCGCUACUUGACCGAUCGCGACGGCAAUCGGGUGUCCUUUUCUUCCCUUUACUCGCUCACCUCCAGCAUCCACUCUACGCCUGGGGAUAGAGAAAGAGCUUCCAGCACCGCAGUUUCUAGUAUUGACGGCUCCGGCAAACCGCGCUCUAUCAUGGAUGAUCAACGGAGUGUCUCUGCUGGGCUUUCCACUCGGCCAGACUCUUCAUUACACACACCCUCCGGUUACUCUGGGCAAGGCACAUCUUCUUCGCCCGGAUCAACAUCUCCAGGCCUCACCCCCUCAUUUCAACACCAUCUAGCGAAGCCGGAAGAUAGCCGGUCUCCGGCUUGGAUUUCACGUCCUGGACGCUCGUCAAGCAAACAACCUCGACGUUUUAGUGCUAGUACUGGCGCAAGCAGUGCUAGUGAGGCAGAAGUGCGUCUCCCCCUCAUAGGCAGAAUUGGAGUUUGCGCUCUUGAUGUCAAGGCACGCAGCAAGCCUAGCCGCAACAUUUUAACUCGUCUUCAAGCAAGAGGUGACUUCGAGGUCAUUGUAUUCGGAGACAAAGUCAUCCUGGAUGAAGAUGUCGAGAAUUGGCCGGAAUGUGACUUUUUGAUUGCCUUCUUUUCCGACGGAUUCCCUCUUGACAAAGCCAUUGCAUAUGCAAACCUCCGAAAACCAUUUUGCAUUAACGAUCUUCCCAUGCAGCAAGUUUUGUGGGACCGUCGAUUAUGCCUCCGCAUUCUGGAUCAAAUGGCAGUCCCAACACCCAAACGCGUGGAAGUGAACCGCGAUGGUGGACCAACGUUGGCGUCGCCUGAACUUGCUCAGCAUGUUUAUAACUUAACCGGAGUCCGUUUAGAAGGUCCACCAGAUGGCACUGGGGGUGGAACACCACGAACGCAGUCGGUGACAAUGUCUGAAGACGGAGAGGCUCUCAUUGUUGACGGCAAAGUGUUCAAGAAACCAUUUGUAGAAAAGCCCGUCAACGGAGAAGACCACAACAUCCAUAUCUACUUCCCUAAUGACCAAAAUUACGGAGGUGGAGGCCGCAGACUCUUUCGCAAAGUAGGAAACAAGAGUUCGGAAUAUGAUCCUGACCUGAAGAUCCCAAGAUCUAUAACUGAGCCAGACGUCAGCUACCUUUAUGAGCAGUUUCUACGCGUUGAUAAUGCGGAGGAUGUUAAAGCAUACACUGUUGGCCCUGACUACUGCCAUGCGGAGACUCGCAAGUCUCCCGUUGUUGACGGCUUAGUACGGCGGAACACUCACGGCAAGGAGUUACGCUAUAUCACUAAUUUAGGAAAAGAAGAAGCCGCUAUGGCCUCAAAAAUAUCCAACGGCUUUGGCCAGCGCAUUUGCGGUUUUGACCUUCUUCGUGUUGGAGAUGCCUCCUUCGUUAUAGACGUCAAUGGCUGGUCCUUUGUUAAGGAUAAUAACGAUUAUUAUGACAAGACCGCGAAUAUUCUUCGAGAUAUGUUCACUCGUGAAAAAAUGCGCAGGGACGGGAAACUUGGCGUUACUGAGCCUGCGAAGGAUUCAUCCUCAAGUAUACCACCCGCGAUAAAUUCUGGGUCUCAUCGUCAUACUCUUAAGUCGCUAUUGAAGUCCCCAAGCAUUGCAGGGCUUCAAAGCGGUUUCUCUAGCCACAAGCACCCCGCCCAAACACCAAGUACCAAGAGCACAAUCACCUCUAAGGUAGAGACGGACGUUUUGCAUAGGAAUCCGAGUCAUUCUGAAGGCCCUGAAAAGGCAACCUUGAGCCCCGAUACCCAACCAACUAGCGAGCCAUCACAACAGGUAGAAGCGCCUACCGCUCCGCCACCAUCAUCCAAACACUCUUGGAAACUCAAGGGUAUGGUGGCCGUGAUACGGCAUGCUGACCGAACUCCCAAGCAGAAAUUCAAAUUCACCUUCCAUACCCAACCAUUCGUGGAUUUGCUCAAGGGUCAUCAGGAAGAGGUGAUCAUCCGGGGGUCUACUGCGCUCCGUAGCGUUACUAACGCUGUAAACCUCGCUUUAAAGGAAGGCAUUGAAGACAAAGAAAAACUCAUGCUACUAAAACGCUCACUCGAUCAUAAGGUUGAAUGGCCAGGGACAAAGGUACAAAUAAAGCCUAUGUUUCGUCGUCGAAAUUCACAGGAACUACAAGGAAGCCGUACUCCUCCUCCUGUCUCACCCUUAACUACAAGUGAAAUACCACAGGCCCCUGCCUCUCCACCAGACUCUGCGGACCCUGAGCACCCACGUGUGGCCCGCAGUGACUCCCUCUCGGGACCUACCUUUUCUCGAUUUUCAGCUGUGGAAAAUGAUCUAGUCCUCGACAAACUGCAAUUAGUCAUAAAAUGGGGCGGGGAACCGACCCACGCAGCUCGAUAUCAGUCACAAGAUGUCGGCUUGACGAUGCGUGAUGAUCUUAAGCUUAUGAAUAAGGAAGCAUUGAACGAUGUUAGGAUGUUUACAAGUUCAGAGCGCAGAGUUAGUACAAGUGCCCAGAUAUUUGCUUCGACUUUUCUCGACCAGAAGGACCUGCCGGAUGAUUUCAUUCAGGUGAGAAAGGAUUUACUAGAUGAUUCAAACGCGGCAAAAGACGUGAUGGACAAGGUGAAGAAAAAACUCAAGCUGCUUCUUCGAGAAGGUAACUCGGCCCCUCCUCAAUUCGCAUGGCCUAAGGAGAACUUCCCGGAACCCUCCAUUGUAUUAUCCACAUUGGUCGAACUUAUGAAAUUUCACCGCUGCGUUAUGCGUCAUAAUUUUCAAAAGAUUGAGGCCAACGGCAAUUCCCAUCCCGGUGCGUUCGGAUCCUCGUCACCUACUGAAAAAUCGCCAUUCACCGAUAUCCAAGGCCGAUGGUGCGCUGGUGAAGAUCCACAACUUUUCAAGGAACGUUGGGAGAAACUAUUCAAAGAAUUUUGUGACACUGAAAAGGUCGAUCCAAGUAAAUUAUCGGAGCUCUAUGAUAGUAUGAAGUUUGAUGCACUACAUAAUCGGCAGUUUUUGGAGUGGGUCUUCCUCCCGCCAGACGAUUUCAUCUACGAGGGUGAGACUGAUAAAGAACGGGCUGGUCAUGUCACAUCUUCACACUUCUUGGAGCUUAAUGGUAAUUCUGAAGGCAACGGCACGAACGGUACGAACGGCAAGCUCAGGCCCCCUGCUGGUCUAUUAGCUCCUCUUGAAGACUCUUAUGACUCCUACUUCAAGCUAUACCCUGGCUCGACGCCCUCAAAGCCAAAGAUUGACAAACGCCUCUCGCGCCUUAAGCAUUUGUAUAGCUUGGCUAAAGUCCUAUUUGACUUUGUAACGCCCCAGGAAUACGGUAUAGCUGACCAUGAAAAGCUGGAGAUUGGGCUGCUCACUUCACUCCCACUACUCCAAGAGAUAGUGAUGGAUCUGGAAGAGGUGCAAGCAUCUCCGGAUGCUAAAUCAUUUUUCUACUUCACCAAAGAAUCCCACAUUUAUACCCUCCUCAAUUGUAUUCUUGAGGGUGGACUGAAGACAAAGAUCGCACGGCGGACAAUUCCAGAGCUGGAUUAUCUUUCUCAAAUAUGUUUCGAACUUUACGAAGCUCGUGAUGCAGAGGCCGAGACCUUCGCGUACUCCAUCAGAAUCUCAAUAAGCCCAGGAUGCCAUACGUUCGAUCCAUUGGACGUUCAGCUCGAUUCCAGACAUGCAAUCGGAUGUGCACCCCGAAGAAGCCUAACGGCGCAUCAAGAUUGGAAGGAAGUGAUUGAAACACUAAAGGCAAAGUUUGAUACGUAAGUAUUUUUCACUGAACUUAGGCAAUGAUUCACAUAACUGACUAAAGUACUAGCGUCAAAUUGCCCAAAUCAUUCAUUGCAAUCAAUCUUAGUGACAAACAUGCUGCGGCUCGCGAGGAAGAGCAAACUUAACUUGUUCUACGAGCCACGUAUCCACGUAUGCCUUUUUGUUUUUCACUUGAAGUGUAGCUUUCAUAUCUUUGUUUCUUUUUUUUUUUUUUUUCAUUCUAGUUUGUGUUUUGCUCUUUUUCAUUGUAUAGUUAAUAGCAUACCGAAGAACAUAUAGGAACGGCUGCAUUUCACGGUGAGAAUACGAAUGGGACGGCUCGGGUGGUACUCUGCUUUUAUUGUUUUGUGCAUGCAUAUUAACGCCAGGUGGUUGGCUAGACGUGGAGGGUAAUAGACGGGCGACCGAUUCGCAGGAAGAUUAUGCAAGGUAUAUGGGAAUUUCAUACAAUCCACCUUCUACUACUACAUUUAUUCAUUGAUCCCCUUAUUGUUCAUCCAUUAGAUAUAGUAGUUUAUUGUGUACCAUACUGGAGAUAGUAACUAGUUCAAUGUUACACACAGUAUGUAUUCUGUUGACUUAUUAUAUUACAUUUUUUAAGCUCAUAAAUGAUGAAUAUGUAAAGAGUUAAUAUACA